AUGGCCACGGCGACCGCUAUUCCUCCGCCCGUUGCCUCCUUACUCGGGGGCCGGAGGGACGGGUCUUCGCACUCAACCGUCUUCCUCACCAGCGGACGUGCUCACCAUGGGGAUGGCGUCAUUCGCCUGCUCCUCGUCGCGUCUACUCGAGCCGAGCGAGGGAAACGUGGUGGGAGGGGGGGGUCGCAAAAGCCUAUCUUCGCCCCUGCGAGAGCCGAGGCGGGUAAGGGAGAAGCGGGGAGAGAGAUCAGCCAUCUUCGGCAGGAGCAGGAGCAGGAGGAGGAGGAGGAGGAGAGCUCUCCUUUCACUGUCCUCACCUACGUCAGGAGUCAGUACAACGAGAUAAUGGUCGUUGACACCCCCACAUCCAGGAUCCUUACCCUGGACGACACCAGUGAGCAUGCUUUCCUUCUGCGCGGGGUGAAAAGUUUUAUAUGGGUUUUGGAACGCGAACAGACAUCCUCUCAAACAGUGUUUAGUUGAGGGGAUCGACUACUGAAAUGCCUCUUCUCAGCCUUAGUUAGCCUUGGAGAAUUUCAGAGAAUUUGGGCCUAUGGGAAUUCUUACUUCAAGUGAACUCUGAGAACAGAGAAAAUGGCAAUUAGCCUAACAGUCCACCAUUUUUCUUAUUAUUAAGUGGGGUAGUGGCUAGUUUCAGCUUUUCGGUUCCGUUCAUUCCUUGUUCCUUUCCUGUAUGAUAUUUUCACCUGAGUUUUGUUGCCUGAAUGGAUUUUUAUUAAGUUUCCUGGUCCUCGAUUAUCCUACACUGAGAGAUUUAUCUCCAAUGUAGGAUAAUUUGUGGCCAAGAACUUUGAAGGUCUUUAUGAAAAAGCCAAGUGUCCAUAGGCCUUUGUAAUUGAAUUUGAGUGAUAUCUCUUCCAUGAGAAUGCCAACAUAGAAUAGGAUGGACAUCUUGUUUCCAGAGUGUUCCAUAAUUUGUAGAAAUUUUCUCAAUCUAACGAUCCUUUAAAAUUUUAAUCACAGGCUGAGUUCUAGUCCCUGGCACACUUGAAGACUUUCCUUUUCACCUAUUCUUUAUCAAUAUUCGGCAGGAGCUAUUAGCUAAUUGAUCAUAGGCCUUGCCUCAUCGGUCAUGUGUUCUUAAUUUCUUCAUAAAAUGCUAGAUAUUUGUCAAUAAAGCGGGAACUAAUAAUGCUUCUUAGUUUUGGUCACACCCUAGCGUCAAUAGCAGCUAUUGUGCUGUGGGAGGCUGUCUUAGCUGGAACUUGGCCACAUCUGAGUCAACAUGUUUGCCAGAUUAAGUCUAUUGACUGUGGGACUGACUUACUGAAGAAACGAAAUCCUAGAUCACACCAUUAGUCAUCCUUAUAAGUCAUCUAGAAUAAAAUGAAAAAAAAAUGAUAAUCUUACUUCCUAUAGGAAAGCAUUUAUUCCAAAACUUAUGUGGGAGUAAUUAGUACCUACAAAGACUAUUAACUUUCCCUGUACGUUACUCAUAUUAAUUAAUGUUCUUGUCGUGUAUGACAUUGUGUACAACUUCAUUUAUUUCUGUUCGACUCCUCUGUUGUCCAUUUCAGGAAAAAACUUCUCUCAUCAUCGUACAAAUAUUAUCAUUGAUCUUUAUCUUAAGAAUAUUUCACCUUUUUAUGUAGAUAACGUUCACAGCAUUCUUUAUAAAGAGCAGAUGUUGACUGGUUCAUACUGGGUACGUGGAGCUUUGUUGACAUCCUUAUUUUUAUUACUAUCCCUAAGACUAGUGGAAAUGCAAGUUUAUGAAUAAACUUCUUAUACCGACUUUCUAGAAAUAAAAUAUUUAUCUUCAUUCAGAGAAAAAAUUGCCAGAGGUUGCUCAAUAUUCAGUAAGCAUUUGGUUGAAUCGCAUAUUAUGUUGCUCUUCACGCUCUUAUUUACUGGUUAGAUUUUACUCUUUUACUUUCUAUACAAUUGACGUUGUUUCUAAAAGUUUGGUUAUCCUGCUCUCCGAACAAGGAAUUAACAUAGUUGAACCUGCUUCGGCAGCUGACAUGAUUUCACUCGCAGUGAAUUCUUGUCCACAUUUAAGGGGGCUGGGAGAGGGUGUAGAAUCAGUAAGAGCCAAAACGAAUUCUGAGAAAGGCUUGUGGGUUACGGAUUGAUUCUCUGGGUUAUAUUUAGAUUAGGUGAAUUAGUUUCUCAUACUGGUGAUGUUGAUGUGUGAAGAUUCUCCAUAGAGGUUUUGUUCUGGCAAUCUAGAGCAUAUCCGUACACUUAAGCUUGAUAAUCUUGGGGGCCCUGGCGGUGGUUGCUUAUGUUUUCACAGCCGGGUGAAAUUGCAGUUCUUGUGGACAAGAGACAGGACCUUAACCUUCAAAAGGAAAAGCUAAGGAGUUUUGAUGGCAUGUCUAGAUAAACGAUCUUCCUUGGUGUCAGUAGGAUGUGGAGUUCGGAAUGUUUCUUACUAGUACCGGCGACUAUGGGAAGAAGAAUAAAAUCUUGUCCUUUUGAAAGGAAGUCGCCAAUUUAAAAGUCGAAUUUCUUCCAGUUUUCUUGAGAACAAUAGAGUCCAGGAUCUCGUUUUGCUGUUUUUGGAUCUUGCAAAUAUAGAGAGCAAUCACUAUCAGAGUUCAAUUCCUCGAGGAACCGUUCAAGCUAAGAUUUCAAAAUAACUCUGCUCCAUCAAGAGUCAUUACCCCUGUUAAUGAAUCGAUUGGACUGUCUUGCUUGUCUCAUUUGGCUUAUUAUACUUUGCCCCCAGGACUGGUCUUUCAAGAAUCAGAAUUUAUGAGGAAAUUAUUUCAUCAAGUCUGUGAAUUUCAUAUAAUGUCAAAUUUAGGUGAACACUAUUUAAGAAGAACAAAAAGUGGCCUUUUAUGCUGGUCUCAUACUUACAAUCUACUUGAGGUAUCAUUCCUGAGGAGAUACUACAAAAAACUUUUUUUUCUGUAUCAAUGGAUGGGGGUAUAUAUAUAUGUUCUUAAGUCCUCUGAAAGUGGUUUGAGGUUGUGGGAAAAUCGUAUAAUUAGGAGUUAGUUUCUGUUGGUCAGUUUCCUAAUAGAUCAGUUUCCUUAACCUAGGUAGUUUCCUUUUUUUUUGUGGCCAGGGGAAUUGUAUAUAACUAGCAAUUGUUCUAUGAUUUGAGAAGUAGAAGAGAUUUUUGCUGACUGUUUAUCCUCUUAUGGUUUCCAUCGUAUUCUUUACCCAGGUAUGUUUUUUGCACGAGUGGUUCGAGAUGGGGGACUGGUACAAUGAGAUAAAUUUACGUUUGAUACUAUCAUAUACUAAAAAGCUUACAAGCUAGUUUAGUGGGAGGCCUACAAGAGUAGUACCAUUGAGAAGUUAAAAAAGCCAGCGAAGCAAUAAAUCACAUCUUUGUCAUCUUUGUGGCUGUAUAAUUCUUUGUACGAAUUUAUGAUUUUUGUUUCCUGAAGACUAUGGGAUGGCUGUCAUAUGUAAGUAGGAAAUCAUUAUCGUUCUAGUCAUUUGCCUCUGCUUGUGUGGCAGCAUUUCUUUCUGUCUCAGAAUACCCUGACUUGCUGAUGCUGUUUUCAGGAUGAGCUUGCCACCCUACCAGCUGUCAUUCCUGAGGGUCCCAUUGCUAUCUUGGGUUUGGUAUUUACUGUUUCUACAUGAUGUUGUUUGUUGUAUUUUUAGAGUAGCAUGGUGGACAAAUGAUCUAAAUAUACAAACUCUUUGUUCAGGGUGGUGGAACAGCUGCUCAUUUGAUCCUUGAUCUAUGGCCUUCAUUGCAUCUCGUAGGCUGGGAAAUUGAUCCGAUAGUAAGGGCUUCUUUCAAACUGUCCAACUUUUGAUGUUUCCGUUUCUCGAUUGCAAUGAUUCUGUCGCAAUAAAAGGUAUUUAUUUCUGAGUUGCACCAUUCAUUUGCACUAACUUUAUGCACAUGAUUUCUGUUGUCAUUUCCAUGCAUGAACAGGCCAAAUCUUCCUCCUUAGCCUAAAAGCUCCUGAGAUGAUUUUUAGUUAAUGUCAGACGUCUAUCGAACAUACUGAUCUUACAGUCAAAAGGGUUCAGCGUCGUUUCAUCAUUUUCCGUCUUCAUACUUUUGAGGCUCCUAGAUUCUCUGUUCUUUAGCUUCAAUUACGAAGAAGGUAACUAGCAUGAAAAGGGUACUUGGCAUGAAUGAGAAUUUGUCACGGUGAUCCAUGUUUUAAGUUGUUUUUUUCAGGAGAACACUAGUAAGGUAUCACCUCACUAGUAAGGGAUUCUACACCCCAUCCUAAUGGCACUCACCUUGGCUGCCUUUCAAUAUAGUGGCGGUGUUCUUGUUGGACAAUGUUGCCCCAGUUUAGACAGCUGGGAGCCCUACUUUGUGGUCAUUUUGGCAAUUUAUAUCAUCAAGGGGAAAUCUUGCCACGAGGCACCUGGGAGCAAUCUCUGUUGAGGACUGCAUUUUCUCUUCUUCUCUUUUCCCCUGUAGCUGGCUGUUCUGUACUAUCUCCUGAUGGCCAGUUCAACCUUUUCAGUCUAUGCUGGCUCAGAUUUAUACCUAUUGCAUGUGUUAGUGAUAGGGACUCCCCUGCUGUUUGUGAUGGAUUUUCUUACUUACCGUUUCUUUUACAUUUGUAUGUGAGGGAUUCAUCCAUUAACAAAACUUGUUAAUGGUUGAAGUUUUUAGUAUGGAUGUAAAUUAGAAGUGUUGGAAAAGUGUAUUUUUCUUAAAUUAGAAGUUAUUACUAAAUUAUGAUUCUUUAUCAAAGUUGGGAUCUCUGCCAUUUAUUCAAGUGUCUUUUACAUCUUGGUAUUGCAUAAAUUCCUGAUUUUCUUUUUAAUCCAGUAAUUUCAAAAGAAAGUAUCAAUUUAGUGUCAGAUCUCAUGCAUUUUGAACACAAAGACUUACUUCAUGCUUCUAAGAAUUUAUUUUUUUUGCUUCAGUUGAUCGACAAAGCAAGAGAUUAUUUUGGAUUAUCUGAUUUAGAAAAGCAUAACCAAGCUGGAGGCUUCCUCUCUAUUCACGUUGGAGAUGCACUCUCCCCAUCUAUGAGUGUUCCUGGAGGAUUCGCCGGUGGGUACAUUUUACAUCCUCCCAAAAUUUUUGGAGGGGUGUACACCUUUCAAAGCUAACAAAAUUGAGAUUAUAUACAAAAAUCACUGGCAACAGUAGAACAUAGACAUGAAUCUUGCAUUUAUUUAGCACUUUAAUUGAAUCUUUUUACCAUCAGGGAUCGUGGUGGACUUAUUUUCUGAUGGGAAGGUUUUACCUCAAUUGCAAGAGGUACGAUUCAUAUCUGUGGAUUAUUUGGUUUCUUAGAUGAUGUACCAUGUUAAGAAAUGGCUAUUAUUUAUCAGUAUUUAGCUAACGCAUAAUAGUAUUGCAACAAAGUGGUCGGCAUAGAACUGAAAUCGCCACUCAAUGCAGUGGUCCACACUCCAACUGGGUUCCUUAUGAGAUGCCGUUGAUCUCAACUCCAUUUCAUUAAAGGUUUCCUUGAUGUUGGGCAUGUGAAGAUUUCUCCAUAGGAAAGAAACCUUUGUCUUUCUAAAAUCACACUUAGCUUUUACGCUCGGAAGAUGCAUGAACGAAAGCAUAAGAAAAACAUGAACGCUGGGUGUAGAAAUAAUGUCAAUUUCACAUUUUUUUUUCCAACUUUGCGUAUUUUCCUGGUUUCAGCAUGAACCCAGAGUGCGUAUUUUAAUCUAGAUUUCUGGGUCUUAUCUCUUCCUCCCUUCGCUGAGAUUCUAGUUGUGCUCCUACGUUUCUCAGCUUUUUCACUUCUGUGAUCUUCGCAGGCCAACACUUGGUUGGAGCUUGAAAAGCAGUUGAUGCCCCAGGGCCGUAUCAUGGUCAACUGUGGUGGAGCCGAUGCCAAAAAAUCAAGGCGUGGUGAAGCUUGGGUCAAGAAUUCCACUGUUAAGGCUAUGUCCACAGUUUUCAACCAGAAGGUAUGCUUUCCACCGCUUUUAAGUGCUUGGAAAAAUGCAGAGCCUUUCAGUUACCUUAUCUACCAACAACGAAAUGAUUAUUCUAGCAAUAAAACUCUUCAUUAUAAAGAUCAGAUUGCUAUUUAUCUUGGACGGGUUAAUGAUUCUGGCAAUCAGAUCUUGUCGAAUCUUGUUGCCUGGGCAUGUGCAAAUCAAAACUUUAGACCCUAUGAAGUUUAUCAGGAGAGGAAGAAGAGUGACUGGGGGAAGCAAGAAGUGGGAGAAGAGCAGAAAAGCUCAAGAGAGGUCAAAGGGUCCUCGAGUGAUCUUGUACAAGGUAGAUUUCAGUGUUUUGGAUAUGAACAGAUAGAGAUGGAAGCCAUGUUGCAUGAGAAAGACUGUGGAAUGCCCACAGAUUAAAAACGAAGACACCAGAAUGAUCAUAUGAAAAAAUAAAUCUUUUGUUGUCUGUGAAAGAGCUGAUCACAUUGAGAUGGAUGUACGGAAAGCUCAUAACUGAGAAAGGUUAUGACGAAUUCCAUUCAGAAAUUUAGCACAGUAGCAUCAAGAGGCUGCUGAGUAGCUUGAAUCAUGCGUAGGCUUAUAGUUUGGUCGUAGUUAGAGUCUCUCUCUCUCUCUCUCUCUCUCUCUCUCUCUCUCUCUCUCUCUCUUCAACAUUGAGACUUUGAUAACCAUAAGUGCCCAUUAAGUUGAGCGUGAUUAUAAUCUAUGUAAUUACAUGUAAUUCGGAAUGCUGGUUUGCAAGUGAGCACUGGUUGCUUUAAUUCAAAGAAUUUGGUAGGACUUUCUUGAUUUAGAUUUCACAAUUUUUUUAUUGCAUGUACAGCUUAGUGCAAGCAAACAUUACUCUACAUAGCUAAAUAUAAUUUUAAAAGUAGGAAGUUAAUCUAAACAAAUAAAUCACUUUUUUUAGUAAUUGUAGAUUUUUUUUAUUUUUUACAUAGGAAACUUCUUCUUAGGUGAGCAAUGAAUCGACAUACCUCUUGGGCUUUGACUGAAUGAUGUUUUCAUUUCUCUCUCUACAAUCCUUGUGUGGUGCAGUUGAGCUGGAAAUUAAUGGCUACCACGGAGAGUGAGAACUAUCUCGCUCUGACUGGGCCUGCGCCAGACUUGGAUUCAUGGUCGGCCAGAGUUCCCUCCCAGCUGAACUCCAAUGUGAAACACUGGAAGCCUUGUGGACUUUAG